CGAUCCUUUUGUUGGUUGAAUAGGGCGAAGUCGGUAGAGAGGGAGGAGGGAGGGGGAGCGAGAGAAGAAGCGGCAGAGUCGAGAGGACGGAUGGGAGGAGCGACAGUAGGGAAGCGAUACGAAGAAUUAGGCUUGGCGGAAGCCCUCUCGCGUCGGCACGAUUACUCGGCGGCCUGCCAUGAACUCGCCCUCAUCCUGCGUCUCGCCUACGCUCAUCUACCCAAGAACCUCCAGUCCGUCGUCUUCCAAGACACCCUCUCGGCCUUCCGUUUGCUUCCCGAAGUGCAAACAGGUUAUGGGAUUUCAUCAGCCAAUGUCCUUCUCCAAGCAGCAGAAGCAGCAUUGCCCAAGCAAAAGAAAGCAAUAGCAGUUUCAGAGUUCAAACAUGCUGCUGUUGCAUAUAAAAGGCGCUCUAAAUCCCAACAAGAUGAAGGUUCUAUCAACUUACCUCAUGAUGUCCUUGUCCAUAUUUUUAGUUUUCUAGAUGUACGAUCCCUAGUAUCUGCGAGUUUAGUAUGCUGGCCAUGGAACGCAGCUGCAACUGAUAAUGGAUUAUGGCACAUGUUGUAUGGUAAUCUGUUUCAUUGCGAUAAUAUGGUGUCAGGUGAAGAGGACAACAAACUAGUCCAUGAAAAUGAAGAUGGACUCACAGGAACCAAUCCAGUGAUUAGUGUUUAUUGGCUGAAGGCAUUCAGAAGAAGAUGCCAGGAUGGUUUAUCAUGGAAGUUAUUGCCAGCUAGGGUGAUCUGUGGACCUUGUCAAUCAAUGAUUUGGCUGAGUAGUAUUUCAUGUCGCUCAGAACACAAAUGUUUAAAGGAUGGAAACCAGAAACUAAAUUUAAGGCCCAUGUUGCCUAAUAAGGUUGUGGAUUAUUUGUUGGGUAACAUUGAGUUAGAGGCUUCUUCAGACAGUGAUGAUAGUGAUCCCGAAGAUCUGUCUCAACUUCGCAAAUUGUGGGCUUACCCAAGAUUUGCUGGCAGCAACUAGCCAACAAUUCAGAUGGGAUAUUCACUUCCUGCUUUGCUCUGACACAGACACUGCUAUUGAUGGUGACGACCAUGCGAUUGUGCGUGAAGAACAUCAUAGUUCCAUUUUCCAGGAUGCUCGUUUGCCUCUGGGAUUAGACUCGUCUCCUGUACAGUACCAUUGCACUGCAAGGCGCAAACCAGGCGAUUAAGCUUAGCCUCUCAAUUAUGUUUAUUGAAUUAGUGUCUAUUUAGUAGAUAAAAGUUUAGACACAAUCUAAACCAAAGGAUUCACCGAGAUUGAAAGCUAAUUAAUUGAUCUAUAAUACAUGCAUCAUGUUGAGCAAGGUGGGCAAGGCAAAAGAAGUUUCUAGCUGUAGGGUUGUAAAUGAGGCCAACCGAGUUAAACUUAUUUGAUAAGAUGAUCAAUCUAAAUCGAGUCUUAAUAAAUUAAGUUGUUGAAAUAGUUCAACCUUAUAAUGGUUUCUCUUGGUGUAAACUUGAGACGAGUUCUCAAUUUAUUUAAUUGUUUGAAAUAUUUAUAUUUUAAAGGUUU